AUUCGCCUUCAUCUCCCACCUUCCUACAUGAAACUUGUCGCGUCUUUCUCUUCUUCCUCUUCACAUCAUUUUUUUCAUCUUGAUGGCAUUUUUAGAUUUGAAGAAAUAAUGGUGAAAAACAGAUCUUCUGUCAGCACAUCAAAUGGGGUAAAACCACCGUUAUGUGGAUGUAAACAAGUGAUGAGGAUGUGGAUGGCUAACACUCCUAAAAAUCCUAAGAGGAAAUUCUGGAAAUGCAAAAAUUAUGGUAGUGAACAAAGUUGUCACCUUUUUGUUUGGGAUGAUGAUCGAAAUUUGCAUAAUGGUAAUCAAAAUCCCUCUACGGUUGCUGCUGGUCCUGUUUCUGCUGAUACUGUUGCUCUUGAUCAUGUUGCUCCUGCCUGCAAUAAUUGUGACAUGAUGAAGAGUUUUAUGAUGAACAAUUCAAGAGAUGUUGACAAAUUGAAGAAAAAAUUAGAAAGUGAGAAGAAGAAGAAGAUCUGGCUUGUGAUUGCCCUGAUAAUGUCUUGGAUUUAUUUUACUAUUUUUUACAAGAAUUAGAAAGUGAGAAUAAGAAUAACUUGCUAGUAAGAGUGUGGAUAGAUUUAUGGAAUGUUGGUGUAGUUUGGAUGUUGCUGUUAUGAUGAAUAAAUUAAAAGUCAUUUUUUUA